AUGAGGGCAGCCAGGAUUUGUCCAGCUACCAGUGGUGUGCAUUGGGGAAUACGAAAACGCCUGCGGGAGCAUUCGGCGGCUUUGCCUCCCCCAACUCCUGGUCCUCCCGGCACCUCCACCUCAGGAAGUGCGGUCAUUCGCAGGAAGCGAGUGGGAGCAUCCGGAUGCGGAAGUCGUAUUCUUAACCGAGGUGUUCGCAGUUUCCGUUCGGAUCCCGCGUCGCCCCCGGAAAUGGAUCAAGCAAAAACCAUUCGCGCUCAGCGCACCAAGCGGAAAUUGAUCAUAUUCAGCACGUUCAUGACUUCUCUGCUGGCCAUGGCUUUAUUAGUGUCAUCAGCUGCUACCGACGUGUGGGUGACAGGAACCGCGAUUAGUGACAACCAACUCAAUGUCUCCAUGACGUCUAAACUCGAGGCAGACUACGGGCUCUUCAAGGGGCAGAUGAACGUGAUCAUCAACAGCUACAGUCAAGUGCACGAUUUGGAAACUUUUUGCAGCUCGGAAGAAAACGUUUGCUUCAUGGGCUGCUCCAAAUAUUCGAACAAGGAUCAAGAGACGCUUCUGAAUGCGUUACUUUACCAAGAAGUGGUGGAGCUAAGAGGAUCUUGCAGAUUGAAAGAUCCUUCGGAAGGCGGUGUUUACGAGACAGAACAACGUUAUAAUGCAACCGCGCAACGGGAAGAUUCCGUUCAGAACAAAGCAAAGAGAACAAAUCGUACUUUCAUCAACUAUGGGCUGUGGAUAUCAACCAUGAUUUUCUGGGCGAUAGCUGCAUUCGGCACGACCAUUUGUCUGGGUUUGGCAUUGCUCAAUACCAUCACUGAUCCGUCGACGACGUUUCUGUCAAGCUAUGCGCUGUAUUUUUCGUACCCAAUAUCAGCUGCCGGUGUGUUCUUCACAUUGGUUCUCGGAGGAGCGCAAUUCGGGACAAACAUAUCCGAUAACCUCAUGGUCCCUCCAACGUUGUCAGGGGAAUUUUCAGAGAGUUCAGCAUCUGUUGGAUAUUCAUACUGGUGCGUACCGAAAUGA